AGAAAGAGCAUAUUUCCGCCCCCUCCCUCCUCCUUUUUCUCUUCGUUCUCUUGGUGUGAAACCCUAGCUCUAACGCAGUGAUUCCGCCAUGUCGAACCACGGCUCCGAUAGGGAAACGGACUCAAAUACGCGGCUUUACAACCCAUACCAGAACCUGAACAUCCAGGUCCCUGUCACCACCCUCUACAAGCUUCCUACCUCCCCGGAAUUUCUCUUCUCUGAAGAAUCCAUCCACCAGCGCCGUUCAUGGGGUGAAAACCUUACCUUUUAUACCGGCACAUCUUAUUUAGCUGGCUGCGUCUCCGGCGCCGCCGUCGGGUUCUUCUCAGCCGUUAGGAACUUUGAAGCGGGUGACACCAUGAAGCUGAAAAUCAAUAGGAUCUUGAACAGUUCGGGUCACUCUGGGCGAUCCUGGGGGAACAGGGUUGGUAUAGCGGGCUUGAUCUAUGCCGGGAUGGAGAGUGGGAUUGUGGCGGCAACUGAUCGCGAUGAUGUCUGGAGCAGUGUGGCGGCAGGACUUGGUACGGGUGCGGUGUGUCGGGCCGCAAGAGGGGUGAGGUCGGCGGCGGUUGCUGGGGCUCUUGGAGGAUUGGCUGCUGGGGCUGUGGUUGCGGGGAAGCAGGUAUUGAAGAGAUACCAAGGAGCCGCGAGACCUGCAAGCAAGCGGGCAACACACAGAAACAGGAAACAAAGAAAACAAACAGAAAACAAAAACCCAAAAAAGGCACCCGAAGGGCCUAGUCGUCGAGAGACCUCAUGGGGUCAUCGGAGCAGGGGACAGGCCGGCUCCAUCGGGCUUGAGCAGUCGGAGAACCCGGCGGCUCAAGCAACAAAACUCGGAAGCCCAAGGCUUUCGAGCACAAAAAAAGGGGAUGCCGGAGAAGACGAUCAGAAGCCGGAGAACCCAGAUCUGGAGAGGAAGAAGAAGAGGGGAAGAGAGGAGAUAGAGAAAGAAUAAGAAAAGUUAAAAAAAGUCAUGUGGGCCCCAUUAAAAGGGAAAGUUAAAA